AUGGAAGACGAACCGGAAGACAAGAGCAGCAAAGAUGCUUCGGACGGCCAAUCCUCUCCGAGAACAUCGCUUUCAUCUUCUGAGUCGGAACUGGAAUCAGAAGAUGGCAGCGACUCUGGUAGCUCUGAUCGCUUGUUUGAUGCAAAACCGUACACGAGUUGCAUACAAGAAGCUCAACUUUCACCGGAUGGUAGCUGCGUCUUUACGUCGGACUACAGCCGUCAAUUCUCCGUGUAUCCCAUCUCGAACGACAUUCUGACCCAGACCAGCCCUCAGCCUCUCACGCCCUACGCGUCUCUUUGCUCUGCCGAUCCAAUCUGGGCUUUUGCUGUCAACCCACUCUUCAACUUACAAGAUGCCAGCAGUACGACUGUGCUCAUUAGUCGGAGAGAUGCCUACAUCAGUCUGCACAACGCAUUAUGGCCUACCUCGCAAAAGCACAGCGAAGAUAAUCAGACCUCAGGACCGGUGGACAUAUCCACCCCUCUGGCAUCCUACAAACUCAUCAACAAUCUGACUGAAGCCGUCAUCGCACCCCUCAGCCUCGCCUACUCCACCACCGGCACACAUUUCUUCGCCGGCUCGAAAGAUGAAAUCUCAAUCUUUGACCUCCUCGAAACCGACAAACCAAUCCAUACAAUUCGUACCAUACCCGCCAAACGCAACAAACUCAAAGGCGGAGGUCGCGGCUUCAAAGGCCACAUAACCGCUUUGUCCCUCUCGCCAUCCACUUCCACAUCACACGAUGGCAUUCUAGCAGCCGGCUCCCGCACCCGCUAUAUCGGCAUCUACGACCCCAUCGGCGGCACAGAAGUGACACAUUUCUCCCUCCCAGGCACAAUAAACGGCAUCAAAUUCCGCAACGAAAACCUCCAAAGCGUCAUGGGCGACGGCGUCACAUCUCUCAAAUGGAGUCCCUGCGGCAAAUACCUCUACGUUGCGGAACGCAGUUCAGACGUCCUUCUCAUCUACGACGUCCGCAAUUUCUCGCUCACACUGGGAUACUGUGCUGGUAGACAAGCGCUCACUCGUCAGAAACUGGGGUUUGAUGUGUGGAAUGCGGGACAGAGCCCGUAUGAUGUUGAGGGUGUUUCGCAUGAGGUUUGGGCAGGUGGGACGGAUGGGAAAGUGAGGGCUUGGAGGGAUCCGUAUAGGAGGGAGGGGGCUGUACAGGCUGAUGAGGUGGUUGAGGUUGGGGAUGGGAAGGCGCCUGUUGUAGGGAGUCUUGUUCAUGCUUCGGGGAGUUUGGCGGUUGCGGCUUGUGGGAGGGUUGGGUUGGGAGGUGACAUGGAAGAGGGGGCGAGGAGGGGCGGAGGUACUAGGCCCGUGGUGAGAGAGUGGGGGAGUUUGGAUAUCUUGGGGCUGGGCUGA